AUGAUGAGCCCGUCGAUAUCCAUGUCGGCAUGGAAGGAUCGACAGCAAACACAGUUCAGCAAAGUGCCCAUCCCAGUCGUGCCAUGGCGCUCCUUCAAGCUGCUCAUGCCGCAUCGUAUGCGACGGAGACUCCGAUCAAAGUUACGUAGUCGGCUGUCUCCUGCUUCGUCCAUCGCUUCGCUGCAGACCUCCUUUUCGCCCGGGGAUACUUUGCGCUCGCUGCAGUCAUAUCGCUGGAGUGUCUACGACCUGCAGUAUCUGCUGCUCGUGAUCAUUGGCAUCUUUUCACUAUCGGUCAUCCAGUCGCCCGGUCCUAUCGGCAAGACUGCCAUCGCCUCGCUUCUUUUGACAUCACUUCUUUUGCCCAUUACCAGGCAGUUCUUCCUGCCUUUUCUUCCAAUUGCCGCAUGGCUUAUCUUCUUCUACGCUUGCCAAUUUGUUCCUUCCGACUGGCGCCCUGGUAUCUGGGUCCGCGUCUUGCCUGCUCUGGAAAAUAUACUGUAUGGAGCUAACAUUAGCAAUAUCCUGUCCGCCCACCAAAGCACAAUGCUCGAUGUUCUCGCCUGGCUGCCGUAUGGAAUUUGCCAUUACGGUGCGCCUUUUGUGGUCUCGAUCAUAAUUUUCAUUUUCGGACCGCCAAAAACGCUGCCCGUUUUUGCCAAGACCUUCGGCUACAUCAGUUUAACAGCUGUCGCCAUUCAAUUGAUUUUCCCCUGCUCACCUCCGUGGUACGAGAAUCGCUUUGGCCUUGCCCCGGCCGACUACUCGAUGCAAGGCGACCCAGCCGGGUUGGCCCGCAUUGAUGCUCUAUUUGGCAUCGAUCUCUACACAUCUGGAUUCCACGCAUCCCCCGUGGUCUUUGGUGCUUUCCCCUCUCUACAUGCUGCGGACUCUACCAUCGCUGCGCUCUUCAUGAGUCAUGUCUUCCCUAAGCUGAAGCCCUUGUUCGUGACGUAUACCUUGUGGAUGUGGUGGGCUACCAUGUACCUGUCGCACCACUAUGCUGUAGAUCUCGUCACUGGUGGUAUCCUUGCUGCCGUCGCUUUCUACUUCGCCAAAGCUCGAUUCCUGCCGCGAAUUCAGCCAGAUAAGCGAUUCCGCUGGGAUUAUGACUACAUUGAAAGGGGAAAUGCACCAGAUGAAUAUGGCUAUGAUCUGGCUCAUUUCGACGGAGAUGCGAUUGCCGACGGCGAUGAAUGGGCUAUUGGCUCUUCAUCUUCCAUCUCAUCUGGCUCUCUCAGCCCGACCGAAGACCAGCACCUCUGGGAAGGAGAAACCCUAGCCUCCAACUCGGACCUUGAAGCGGCUCGUUAG